AAUUUCACCAGUUCCAGUAUUCCAGCUUUGCAUCCUUUGACAGGGACAGACAGACAGUUGCUUGCUUUGGCAAGGAGCAGCUGUGGGUCCAUUUAAAACACUUCUCCCACAUUGCCUCUCACAAAGCUGACAGAACAAACUUACUUCAGAAUCGGUUCAACAGUAAGAUCAAAUGGAUGCCAUGAAGACCACUGCAGCACUGUUCCUGAGCUAUUUUUGCAUUUCAUCUUCCGUGGCCAUUUGCCCCAGUGACUGCACUUGUUACUUCUCUAACAAUAUCACAUCUGUGAUUUGUGUCUCAGUUGAAUCUCUUCACGAAGUACCAGAAAACAUUCCGUCCAGUGCAACAAGCAUAUCACUAGAAUUCACCAACAUUACCACCCUAAAAGAAAAGGAUUUUGUUGGGCUUUUCCAACUCCAGGAGCUUCAUCUUUCAAGCAAUAAGUUGACAAACAUCUCUUCAGGUGCACUAAAAGAUCUUCAUCAGCUGACAGUCCUCGAUUUGACCAACAAUUUGCUGAAUACAUUCCCACGAGAUUUAUUUAGCACCUCUCUUAAUCUAACCACAUUGAGUUUAGAGGGAAACAAAUUACAAACUGUAAAUCCUUUAUGGUUUCAACAUCUUCACAGGCUUGAAUCACUGAGUUUAUCAAACAAUAUGUUGAAAUCCUUACCUCCCAAUUCAUUUCAAAAUCUGACUAAUUUGAUAACACUUGAUCUUUCCAGUAAUAAACUUGAAAAUUUCCCAGCAACUUUAUUGAACAAAUUGUCUAAGCUGGAGAGGUUAAACCUGGGAAAUAAUCAGUUGCACAGCAUUCUCCCUGGUACCUUUGAUCGUGUGCUCAAUUUAGAAUAUUUGUUUCUUGGUGGUAAUAAAAUUAAGGCGAUUCCAGUGGGGCUGUUUAAUAAACUACUGAAGCUAGACACAAUAGACUUUUCAGAGAAUAGCUUAGAGUCACUUCCUUCAGGAAUAUUUGAUAAACUCCUGAACAUUGGGAUGAAAUGGCAGCAGGGCUUAGAUCUCUCAUUGAAUCCAUGGGUUUGUAACUGUGACUUAAUGUAUCUGUGGCGCUGGAUAAAAAUAAAUUCUAAAAAACUAUACGCAAUUGACUCAACAGUAUGUGCAAAACCUGAAACAGUCAGUGGGAAACAGGUUAAUACACUAUCUGAAGUGGAGCUAAUGUGUUAAAGUAAUUGCUUCUAAAU